GGAAAGAGAGGAGAGAGGGGGAAGAGAAGAGGGCGGCGGCGGCACUGGAAUCCGGCGGCGCGCUGCCUCCAUCCAGCCGAGGAGGAAAGAGAGGAGAGAGGGGGAAGAGAAAAGGGCGGUGGCGGCACCUGGAAUCCGGCGGCGCACCGAGGGGGAAGAGAAGAGGGCGGCGGCGGCACCUGGAGGGGGAAGUCCCCUGCUGCUUCAGCUCCGCCGAGGGGGAAGUCCUCCUCUGCUCUGCUCCUCUGCUCCGCCCUCAGCCAAUCAAGGUCAGGGAAGAAUCAAACAUGGCUGCUAGCAGCUCCUGCCACUGCUCUCCACUACUCCUCGCCUUGGCCGCUGGCCUCCUAAUCCUCCUGGUGCCGCCACUGGCAAGUGGGUCGUCCCACGAGAACUCGCAGGAGGAGGACCGCAUCCUGGGGAUGCCGGGGCAGCCCAACGACGGCGUGGCGUUCGACAUGUACGGCGGCUACGUCACCGUCGACGAGGGCGCCGGCCGCGCGCUCUACUACUGGUUCCAGGAGGCAGACCGCGCCACGGCCGACCCGGCCACCGCGCCGCUCGUCCUCUGGCUCAACGGCGGGCCCGGGUGCUCCUCCGUCGGCUCCGGCGCGUUCGAGGAGCUCGGCGCGUUCCGCGUCAACACCGACGGACAGACGCUCCUGCUCAACGAGUUCGCUUGGAACAAAGCGGCGAACGUACUGUUCUUGGAGUCGCCGGCCGGCGUGGGGUUCUCUUACAGCAACACCAGCUCUGACCUCGUUGUUGGCGACGACAGAACGGCACGUGACUCGUACAUUUUCCUGGUGAAAUGGUUCGAGAGAUUCCCGCAGUACAAGUACCGUGAUUUCUACAUUGCAGGAGAGAGCUAUGCAGGUCACUAUGUUCCUCAGCUGUCCCAGCUUGUGUACAGGAACAACAUCGGCGUAGAGAAGCCUUUCAUCAACUUCAAAGGUUUCAUGGUCGGUAACGGCCUGAUCGACGACCUCACCGACAUGAUCGGCAUGCUCGAGUACUGGUGGCACCACGGCCUCAUCUCCGACGAGACCCUGGCGAGCGGGCUCGAUGUCUGCCUGGGUAGCUCCUUGAUCCACCCCUCGCCGGAGUGCCAGAAGAUCUGCGACGUGCAGGCCGCGAAGGAGAUGGGCAAGAUCGACGGCUACAGCAUCUACACGCCGCCGUGCGAGAGGGGGAACCCAUACGAUCGCAUGCUCGAGCGGAGCCGCCGCCCAUUGAUGUUGCCGCCCUACGACCCGUGCACGGCCUGGUACUCGACCAACUACCUGAACAUCCCCGAGGUGCAGAACGCCAUGCACGCCAACGUCAGCGGCAUGAUAAAGUACCCGUGGACGAUGUGCAACAAUCCCAUUUAUGAUAACUGGACGACAAUCACGCCUAAUGUUUCCAUGAUACCCAUCUACAAGGAGCUCAUUGGAGUUGGCCUCAAGAUCUGGGUCUUCAGUGGUGACACAGACACUGCAGUGCCGCUGAGCUCGACCAGGCGCUCCCUUGCUGCCCUGGGCCUUCCUGUUAAGACCAGCUGGUAUCCCUGGUACAUGGUCCCAACUGAGGUUGGUGGCUGGAGCAUGGAGUAUGACGGCCUGACCUACGUCACCGUCCGCGGCGCCGGGCACGAGGUUCCCCUGCACCGUCCGGAGCAGGCACUCGUCCUGUUCAAGCAGUUCCUGCUGGGCGAACCCAUGCCGGCCGAGGCACCAAAAGAUGCCAGCGUCAUCCUACUUCCUAGUGAGAAAGCUCCCUCCUACUGAGCAGGGUCAGGGUCGUGCUUCAUGACGACGAUUCCACAACGCGACCGUUGAACGCUACGUCAUGUCUGCUGCUGAUAUGUGUACGCGGAGAAUAAAAGCUGGAAAAUCUUGUUUCGUCUGAAAACCUGUGGAUGUAUAAACAACCCUUGGCUUGACGAUGGAUCAUGCUUCUCCUGACAGCCAUAUAUAUAAAUAAUGCAUGCUUGGACUGUGCCAAAAUCAGUCAUAUGAUUUUUUUUAUAAAAAAAACAGUCAUAUUUCAAUGGCAA